CACGUAGUUUGAAUUUAUCAAAGUAAAUAUUUUUAUAUCUCACGUAAAAUGUCAGAAACUAAAUCAAGAUACGAAAAAUCACUCGGACUAUUGACUACUCGUUUUGUUUCCUUAUUACAAAAAACAAAGGAUGGAGUUUUAGACUUAAAAUUGGCCGCGGAUUUAUUAGCAGUUCGCCAGAAGAGGAGAAUAUAUGAUAUAACAAAUGUUUUAGAAGGAAUAGGUUUAAUCGAAAAAAGGAGUAAGAACAGUAUUAGAUGGAAGGGAGCAGGCCCUGGAUGUAAUUCUAUAGAGGCUACAGAAAGAUUGAAUAAGUUGAAAAUUGAAAUUAGCCAGCUUGAAGAACAAGAAAAACAACUUGAUAGACAUAAAAGAUGGGCCAUGCAAAGUGUUAAAAAUAUUUUGGAAUGUAAUGAUAAUAUCCCUUACACUUAUGUCACUUCAAAUGACAUACUACAAUGCUUUGACGAUGAGACGGUUAUCGUUCUGCGGGGAGAUGAUGAUGCCAAUGUCAAUGUAUAUUCUUCAAUUUAUUUUGAAGAAGAAGAUGAGAACAAAAUACAUGUAGUAGCAGGAACAGAACCUGUUACUGCAAUGCUUUUGUCUUGCGAUAAAGUUAUGGACGAUGAAGCUGCAGAAAAUGAAGGCUGUGGAGAACUCGCUUGUUUGUUUUAUAAUAAGCAAGUACUUAGUGGCUUUUGGUGUGAUGUUAACAUAGUUAAAACCGCUUCUUCUAUAGUAAACUUGAGCCCUCCACCCAGCAGAAGAGACUACCUUUUUUCUUUGGACUAUCACGAAGGUGCUUGCGACUUAUUUGACAUACAUGAUACAUAAAUUACGUACUAGUAAAUAGGAACCUAAAUAUUAUUAUUAAAAGAGAAAUUAUUAAUUUU